AUGGAUGAUGACGAAUUUGUAUUCAUCGAAAGCAAUCCAACACAAUCAACUUGGGUGGAUGUUAAAAAGUCACAACAACAACAACAACAACAACCUCAAGCACCACCACAACAACAACAACAACAAAUACUCCCAGUUUACAGAAAUUUAAAUCCUUUAGUUGAUGAAAAUGAUGGAUUUACAUACCAACAACAACAACUCUAUUUACAACAACAACAGCAAUUUUGCCAACAACAAUUACUUUUGGAGCAACAACAACAACAACAAUUACUCUUAAAGCAACAACAACAACAAUUGCUUUUGGAGCAACAACAACAACAAUUACUUUUAAAGCAACAAAAACAACAAUUACUUUUGGAGCAACAAUUACUUUUGGAGCAACGACAACAACAACAACAGAAAGUACCAAUACCAAUUGCACAAGUACCAGCCUCAACACUUGUAGUGGAGAGUAAACAAGAAGAAAAAAUACAAGAAGAACAGGAAGUUCCAGUAAUUGUCUCAAUUAUUAAUUCUCCUCCACCACCACAAGAAGAAGAAAAACCUCAACUUUCAAAAAAAGAGGAACCAGAAUGGCUCAAAGGUAAAGAUAAAGCACCAUAUAUUUCAACAUCCACAUCAGAUGUUAAAUAUACUUCAAAUGUUGUCAGCAACAAACCAUACACUACUAUUAAAUCCUCUACUAGUUAUUCUUCAGUUAGUGGUAGUGGUGGUAGUGGUAUUAGACGUAUAUCAUUAGCAGAACUUAAUGGUAAUUCAAAGCCAUACACUUCCUCAAAUGCAACUAAUAAACCUUUUACAACCGCUUCAAAAUCAACUAACUCUUACAGUUUUUCAUUUUAA